AACAAAGCACAUCCUAGAAGUUGCUGCUCAUAUGACUGCAGCUAUGCGAGUGAUGUCUUCUCUAACUCUUACUCUAUUUUUUUCAAUAAUAUGUUGUUCCUUGACAGAAAAUAUAUCAAAUACAUCAUCUCCAAACAUAAUCAUCAUGCUCAUGGAUGACAUGGGUUGGGGGGACUUGGGGGUGUUGGGUCAGCCCUCUAAAGAGACCCCCAACCUGGAUGCCAUGGCUGCUCAGGGCAUGCUGUUUCCAAAUUUCUACACUGCCAACCCGCUCUGUUCCCCAUCCAGGGCUGCUCUUCUCACCGGGAGGCUGCCUGUCAGAAACGGUUUCUACACCACGAACGGCCACGCCAGAAACGCAUACACACCACAGGAGAUAGUGGGAGGAAUCUCCAAGGACGAGAUUUUGUUACCCCAGAUAAUGAAGAAAAAGGGCUAUGUCAGCAAGAUUGUUGGCAAGUGGCAUCUGGGCCACAGACCGCAGUACCUGCCUCUGAAGAAUGGUUUUGAUGAAUGGUUUGGUGCACCAGACUGCCACUUUGGCCCUUACAACGGCAGCAUCAGACCCAACAUCCCCGUCUACAACAACUCUGAGAUGCUUGGCAGAUACUACGAGGAGUUUAAGAUUGACAGGAAAACUGGAGAGUCCAACCUCACACAGAUGUACCUGCUGGAAGGUGUUGACUUCAUCCGCCGUCAGACAGAGGCCCAGCGGCCCUUCUUCCUCUACUGGGCGCCCGACGCAACUCACGCCCCUGUCUACGCCUCCAAACCCUUCCUAGACCAAAGCCAGCGAGGCCGGUACGGUGAUGCAGUGAUGGAGCUGGACUACAGCGUUGGUCACAUUUUGUUGUGGCUGAAGAGACUGGGCAUUGAAAAUGAUACCUUUGUCUUCUUCACCUCUGACAACGGAGCAGCGCUAACGUCUGGACCAAAUGAAGCCGGGAGCAAUGGGCCGUUCCUCUGUGGGAAAGAGACCACCUUUGAAGGGGGCAUGAGGGAGCCUGCCAUUGCCUGGUGGCCUGGACACAUCAAAGCAGGCACAGUGAAUUUCCAGUUGGCCAGUGUGAUGGACCUGUUCCCCACCAGUCUGGCUCUGGCCGGCCUCAGCCCUCCUGAUGACAGAGCCCUGGAUGGACUGGACCUGACACCGGUCCUCCUAAACCAGCCCCACAAACAGGGAAACAGGCCGAUCUUCUAUUACCGUGGCAAUGAGCUGAUGGCUGUGCGUAUUGGACAAUACAAGGCACACUACUGGACCUGGAGCAACUCAUUAGAAGAGUUUAACAAGGGCGUUAAUUUCUGUCCAGGUGAAGAGGUCCCCGGUGUGACUACUCACGACCAGAAGGAGCACACACUGCAGCCAAUCCUUUUCCACCUGGGGCGGGAUCCUGGGGAAAAGUUCCCCAUCAGUGUUUCGUCCCAUGAGUACCAGAAAGUGCUGAGCAGGAUCUCUCCUGUUGUGGAGCUGCAUAAGAGUACGCUGGUGCCCGGUGUUCCCCAGCUCAACAUGUGUGACGUGGCGGUGAUGAAUUGGGCCCCUGCUGGCUGUGAGAAGUUAGGAAAGUGUCUCAAAGUGCCAAAGUCUCAGCCCUGGAAGUGUGAUUGGCCACAUUGAGAGGAUGAGGAACCAAGACCUGAAGAUCUGCCUUUCUAGUCAAAAGACAACCUUAUUCUUUUGUAAAAUGAUUUAUGUACAGUGUUAAAGAGAUGGACAUGGGGUCAAAUCAAGGGAUGUUUUUUGGUAUUUCAUUGUAUGGGUUAUGCAAAUAGAUGUUUGUUUAUAGCUGCUAUUUCAAUGAGUGCACAAAAGUUGUACCCGCUCUGGAGAAGCACUGCAAUAAGAGCCAAUGAUUGAAGUCAGGAAAAA